AUGGUGCGACACAUCGGCCAGUCUUCAUCAUCCACUUUUGUUGUUGGUGCUGUCUUUCUCGCACUGUUUUUGCUGUUGACACUUGCGGUUGUAGAAUCCAAGAAGUCAUCGUCAUCUUCUCCCAGAAACAAUGUACAUCGUAAAUACGUCGAUGUAGAUGCCAUCAUGCAUGCUGCCAAACAAAAAGUUUCAACUAGCAACAACAAGAAGAAGAAGAACAAUAACUAUGUCAAGGUCAACUGUCCUCCGGGAAAAUCCCUUCUCUAUCGCUUCAGAGCUACCACAUUGAUUGGCAAUAGAGGUCUCGUGAAUUCUCGCAAGGGUACAGCUGGUAAUGCCGAGACUUUGAUGUACGGUAAAAUGAUUUUAACUUGCCCUUCCCAAAGUACCACCAAGAAGGCUUUGCAAAUAUCCGGACAAGACUCAGAUCGUAAAAAGAAUGUCGUUCUUGUUACCUUCUUGAAUGGAUUCUUUGCUCAAUAUCAAGGAAGAUCUCGUGGAUUGAGUGGACGUAAAUAUCGUCGCUUGAUGACCUCCACGGACAUUACCAAAGAAUUGAAUCAAUAUCCCAUGUUGUUUGUUCAAUCAACGAGUGGUCAUAUUCAAAGCUUGGUGUUCAGACAAUCCGAGAGUCGUUACAUGAGAGCCAUCAAGAAGGGUCUCCUUCGUUUGCUCACCACUGAAACCCGUAAGAAGGCUCGUUCUCAAACCGAUGGUUUUGGAGGAAAAUACUACAAGAACUACGAGAAGAGAUUCACUCGUGGCAAGUUUACCAAGACUCGUCGUUCCUUACGUAUCUACCAACGAUUCUCUCACGAUGACUUUAUCUCAACCAUGCCAGUCUCAAAGAGACACUUACACUAUGAUGCCUCUCAUUUGGUGAGAGUUUCAUUGAAAAAGCACGUUCCAACUCAUGCCAGUAUGAAGAUCAAGUUAACCUUUGGUCCAUCCAGCGAUAUCCCUCGACACUAUGCUUUUGAAGCCUUUGAGAAGUUAACCAAGGAGUCAAAGAGAGACAAGAAUCCAGAACCUCACUCUGCUAGUGAGUUGGAGACUCUAUUCAUUGGUAGUAUCAACUUGGAAGAGAUUAGAAAAACCAGAGGUAGUUUCGAUGGAAAGAUUCAAGAAACCAUCGUGAAUUUGGAAAAGAAUGGACGUGGUGCCAAGUUGGGUUCUGAGUUUGCGUUCGAAAAUUCAUUCAGCGUGAACAAGUUUGAUCGAAAGGCAACCUUGUCAUUGAAAAGAAAACAAUUCUCUCCAAGAUUCUUCCGUACUUUGUUGAAUGGUGUCAAACAAGACCCAUCUCUUUCGAGAGAAUCAAAUCAAGUGUUGACCGCUCUUGCCAAGUACAGCAAAUUACAUCCAAUCAAGAGUGCUGAUAUUUUGUUGGCUGAAAUCUCAAAAGGUAUCAAGACUUUGAAUACCAACAAGUUGGAUAGGACUUCCAAGACUGCUCUCAAAAAUUACUUGGAAAGUAUUCAAAACUUGUGUGCCACUGUCAAGUCCUCUCGUGUCCAAGAAAAGUUGAUUCAAUUAUCAACCAUGCAUCCUUACUUGACUAGUAACUACGUUUAUGCUUCUAUUGUGAUUGCCUAUCCAACUGAAUCCGUCUUUAGUUUAUUGAAGACUUUGAAAUCACAAGGUAUUAAGGCAUUUGCUCGUGGUGGAUCCAAGAAGUACAAGAUUGAUGAUGACUACAACAACGAAGUCAAGGAGAAUGCAUUCAUGGCUUAUGCUGACCUUGCCAAUAGAUUGAGGGAUGUUCGUUUGCAAAGAAUGAUUGUCAAGGAAAUUGUCACAAGAAUUGGUAAAUCAAAAGACCUUACCGAACUCACUACCAAUUUCCAUGCAUUGAACAAUGCUGGUAAAGGUGUUCAAGUUGAAAUCUUGUACAUGUUCUUGGCUGAUGAUCGUGUUCCUGACUCGAUCAAGGUCUUGAUUGUUGAAAACUUGAAGAAACGUUUGAGGGAUGAGAAGAGUGUCGACGAUAUGAUUCAUGAAAUUUUGGGAUCGACUGGUUAUAGCCCACUGGUCAAGGCCUCACUCAUCAAUGCUCAAAGUGAAAGAGAACUACAUUUGAGAAGAGGUACCUCCAUUAAACAUGUCUACCGUGUUCACAAGAGAAGCAAGAAUGAAGAAAUUAGUACAGCUGCAAAGAAUUACCUCUACACUUGUGGCACCCAUGAGUCUGGUGAAGCUCUUGCCAAAGCCAUGGGAUUGAAACGAAAGAAACAACGUAACAAUCGUCGCCGUAGAUCCUCUCUCACAUAUGGACUUGUUGGAAGAUCUUUAUUAUCACAUGAAGAUCUUGAAUUGUUGGACAACUUUGAAAGUAUGGAACAAAAGAACGUUCUUUUCAUUAGAUUCUUCAGACGUAUUGGAAAUGCCUUCAGAAGAGCUUUCCAAAGAGUCGGCCAUGCGUUCCGAAGAGUCGGCCAUGCUUUCCGAAAAGUGGGUAGUCAUUUGCGUCAAAUUGCUCAUCGUGUCGGAAGGGGUAUUGUAAGAAUUGCCAAGACCGUUGCUAAGGGUGUGGUUAAGGCAGUCAAUUGGCUCAAGGACAAAAUUCUUGCUGCGAUCAAUGCUGUCAAGAAGAUUGUGGAAAAGAUCAAGUAUUACUUUAGUGCUGCCAAGUUUGAAAAUCAAAAGGCAUGCAUGCAAGUCAGUGUUAAUCCAAACGAUCAAUUGUGUUUGUAUCAAUCCAACAUGAUUAACUUUGUCAGAAAGCAAGGUGACUUGUCCACUAUCAAGAAGGCCAAACAUUUUAGUUUUGAAAAGUUGUUAGGUACCAAUGCAGUUCACAUGUACUUGGGAUUCCUUGUAUAUGCAGGUGCUACUUUCGAAUGCUCUACAGAACGAACUAGUUUUGACUUUGUCUUGAUUGCAAAGGCCAACAUGUAUGCCAAAUUAUUCAAGAAACAAUUCAUUGUGAUUGAUGCAGCUGGUGAAUUGACAAAGAGACCAGAUGAACCAAUCAAUGAUAAUAUUUUCGUUAAGGUCUUUGAAACCACUUUCAUCAACAAGAGAUUCGUUCCAGAUCGUAUUCGUGAAAUUAUUGAAGCAUGUUUCUCUGAAACUAAACCUUUGGUUGAGAAGCGAUUCCCUAAGCUUAUUGAUUGGAGUUAUCAAUUCCAAAUUGGUCCAGUUCCUGUCCACUUUAACUUUAACGUUGGUCUUAACAUGGGAGUUGAACUUAGAUAUGGUGUUUGUGUGGAAAGAUUGGAAGCUUCAGUUUCAGUAGAGCCAUACAUUUCUUUGAGUGUGACUGGAAGUGCCAAUGUAGGAAUUCCUGUUGCCAAAGUUGGAGUUUAUUUGAGGGCCACCAUCACAUAUAGAAUCAUUCCUCGUUUGGCAUUUGAGAAGUGUAAUUUGUGUGCCAUGUUGCAACACAAACUUGACGGAAUUGAAUUCAGUGUUGGUCUGACCGCUUCCUUAAUGAAAUGGUCGAAAGAGUGGAGUUUCUUUAGAACUCAAACAAAGGCCUUUGUCAAGACUCUCUUCGAAAAGUGCAUUGGAGCUGGUGGUUACAAGCCAUCUGAUAAUGAUUCAAAGAAACUUGAACUCUCCAAGACACCUGUCAACAAUGACCAACAACAGCAACAAGAAAGUAACGCACAACAACCACAACAACAAGGUGGGGAAACACAACAGAGUCCAAAUGCUCCACCAACCAAUCCACCAGGUUAUCAAGAACCAGAUCCAGGCGUGACCAAUGGAAAGGUCGACUCUCCACAAGAAUUGACCAAAGUUGCUCAAGAAAAGGGACUUGGAAAUUGGGUUAAGAAGACCACUAAAUACAAGCCACUCUUUGGUCCUCAUGCUUUAAGAAUUCCACUCAAUGGAAAUUCAAUUGUUCCACCAAAACCAGGCAGACAAACACUCAAAGCUCCAGUCACUGUUCAACAAGAAAAGGUUUGGUCCAGUGAAUUCUUGACGAAACACGUACCAAAAGAAGUCAUUGCUAAUGUCGGUAUUGAGAAACUUCGUCACUUGCCAUCUGAAUACUUCCACCUCAAGAUGGAGGAUAGAGCCAAGAUUCCAAACACUAUCUUGGACUUGCCACCUAAAGAUUUCAAACGUUUCAUUGCACACUUGCCAUCUAGAUACAAUAAGGACACCAGCCUUGUCAUUCCUGAAAAUGCCUAUACGAAAGUUUGGUCUAAAGAAGUGUUGCAAAAGAGACUUCCAAAGCAAAUCGUCCAAAAAGUUCCAAUUGAAUACUUGAGACACUUGCCAGAAGAAGUGUUGCAAGUUCGUCAGAGAAUUCUCUCCAAGGUUCCAGUUGCAAUUUACGAACAAAGCCCAUCUGCUGUCGUUGCAUUCAUUUGUAAAAAUUAUAAGAGAUUGUGCAAGAGAUUAUUGGAGACUGUGAAAGCAGACACUGGUAUGGAUAUCAAGUCUGAAGUUCAACAAGCUCAACAAAAAUUACAGGAACAACAACAUGCUCAACAACAGCAAUCCCAACAACAACAAGCAAACAAUACUGCUCAACAAGCUCCAGAAUCCGUGCCUCAACAACAAUCACCAGCAGUCGUUCCAACAAGGGAACCACAACAAGAGGUGACUGGAAAUGGUCAACGUCAUCACUCCAUCCGAACUCCAUAUGGUCGAAUUCAUUUAGAUAUCAAUGUAAAUGUGAAUAAGAAGCCACAGAAAUAA